GCAAUGAAUGUAGUAGCACCAGCCAGCCCGCUGAUCACAAUUCAUGCUAGACAGACAAUCGAUUGUUAUUUUGCAGUUGAGCUUCGACCAGUGCCAGAGCAGGUUCUAGUGUUUGAAUAUAAUUAAGCCCACUAUUCGUGACUAAAGUUAAGUCAACUACAAAUAUUCAAUUGAAAAGUAUGAACAAGCUGCUGGCAAUCACUUGGCUGUGCUGCAUCUGCAUUGGUGCAUCCCUUGCCGCGGAGCUACCUGAAGAUAUAGAAAAGUGUCGCUUUGGUGACUCCCCCUGCUUCGUGCGGACACUAAAUGAUCUGAUCAAGCGAUAUCCGAAGGGCAUUCCAGAGAUUGGUCUGCCGCCGCUCGACAAGUACAGCUUUCCAGAUACUUCCGUACUGGACUCGCCCCAUCGUGGCCCCAUCUGGAUGACCUUUCACAUGCGCGAUAAUGUGCACAAAGGCUUCAACAAUGCCACAGUCACACAUGUGGAGGGUUUCCUGCAGGAUCCAACCAAGCAGCAGAUUAUACUCAAGGCUCGCCUGCCACGACUCGUCCACGAUGCCACCUACGACAUGCAGGGCAGAUUUAUGCUCUUUGUGAUGAACACCACGGGCAAACUGCAGUCGGAUUUCCAGAAUUUUCGCCUAACUUUGACCAUCAAAGUGAUACUGGAGUAUCGGAAUAACAAGCGUUACUUGAAGAUCUACGAUAUGGUGCCGGUCAUUGACAUCGCUCGAUGGAUUGUUUGGUUCGAUAACUUGUACAAGGAGAACGAGGAUGUGACCAUUGCCUUGAAUAACUCCUUCAACAAGCACUGGCUGGAGUUCUGGAAUGACUUGGAGCCCGCUCUGCUGAGAUCCUUCUCCGCCGGCUUCACUGUACUGCUGAACACGGUCUUCGAGAAGGUCGCCUACGAUGAUAUGUUUCUGCCGGAUAUUGAUAUACGAAUUGGCUAUAGAGACGAUUAAAUCGGAGUAGAAAUAUAUCAAGGUUUAUUCAGA